UAAUUUUAUCAUUUAGUCAUGAUUAACUGCGGAAUUUGAGAUGCUAAUUGAGGGUUAAAUCGGCGAGGCGCAUGUGUUUUGGUGAACUGAUUUAAAUAUUAUUGCUUGCUGGCUUUUUCUGUAUUAGUUUAUAGGAAUUUUCCAAUCUAGUACUAAUUUAUUGAUAGCGAUCGAUUUCGAUCGAUUGAGUUGAGCUUCUGUGAAAUUGGGUGAAAAUUAAUCGAUAAGCCUAUCUGUCGCCUCGCGUGAUUCAGCUCGUGGCACGUUGCUUCGUGGUUUAGGUAUUAGUUAGCAUGUUAUCCGAAUAUCUCUUCCAUAAAAUAUCGUUUAUGUGUGUGUAUAUGUUAAUCUGAAUCGUGAUUUUAUUUUAUAAAGGUUGAAUUUGUUUUUGCGUGUAUAUAAAUAUAGUGGAUGUGCAUUUUGGUCUCUGUCAUAAUUCUUCAACUAGGAUCCUGAUUUGCUUUGUUGAUAACGAGGUGGGUUUGUUUUCAUCUUUUGUGGCUGAAUUCUGUAGAGUUUUGGUGUUUUGUGCAGUAUUCGAAUUGCUUCUCGACUCACUGAUUUGUCAGUUGAAUUGGAUUGUGGUUAUUGAGUAUUGGGUUAUGAUGUUAUUCUAAAUGUGAUUUUCCAACAGUGUAAGAUCUGGUCGGAUGAAAUUGGAUUGUGAAUUUUGUGUUUAUGUUGUUGGGAAAAUGAUUUUUAGUUUUUGAAAAGAUUCUAUUGACUUAUGUUAGCUUGAAUUAACAGCAAUGGCCUUUGGUGGUGAUAUCAUCCCCUUCUUUCAACUAAUGUAUUUACGAGAUGUGCUUUCGUGACCUUCAAAUUUUGGUCUUUAGUCUUGUGAAGGCUGAUCAAGUUAGAGUUGGUUAUGAGAAUGAUAUUUUAUUUCAUGACUUUUGGACAUACAUGUAUUUUCUAUAAAUUGAUUUUGCACAAUGAUGCUGAGGAAGUUAUAAAAAUUGUAUUUUGCUUGUUUUGAUUUUGGAAGAAUUAAUAUCUUUUAUUUAUUUGAUGUUGAGUUGGAAGUUAGGAAAUUGUCUUUUGGAAGUGGUGCUAUUGUGGUUAAUUUGCAUUCCCAUGAUUGACAUGUUAUGUUGGUUGGAUAUUUUCACAAGUUUAUAUAUCCACUUUUCCUCAUACAAGUUUUUAUUGGCAAUUGCUGCACCUACAGCUCUCUUGUUUGCUCUAUUUUUUGUUUGGGGGUGAGCCAUGGGGAGGAAUCUAACACAAUUUAGCAGAUUCAUUUUGGGGAGUGAGCCAAGGAAAUGGCAAAGGGUACAAGAGGUCGACGCAGGAUUGCUUCACGUCAGUGCAGGCCAUCGCCAUACCCCCUACCAUCACACAAAGAAAAGGACACUUGCUCCAAGGUAAUAAAAAACGACUGGGAAGACGCCACAUGCUCAGUCUGCAUGGAGUGUCCUCACAAUGCCGUUCUUCUCUUGUGCUCCUCCCAUGACAAGGGAUGCCGUCCUUACAUGUGUGGCACCAGUUUCCGCUAUUCGAACUGCCUUGACCAAUACAAAAAGGCUUAUGCAAAAGCAGUGCCAUCUGACAGUGGUCCGGUUCACGGUUUACUUGAUAGCCAAGUUAUUGGUCCAUUUUCUGGACAGACUGCGGAAAAGAGUGGUGCUGCAGAGGUUGCAUGUCCCCUUUGCCGGGGCCAGGUGAAAGGCUGGACUGUAGUACAGCCUGCGCGAGAACAACUCAAUGCCACGAAACGGAGCUGCAUGCAGGAAAACUGUUCAUUCGUGGGGACAUUCAAAGAGCUGCGGAAACAUGUGAGGGCGGACCAUCCUUCUGCAAAGCCAAGAGAAGUGGAUCCCACUCUAGAACAGAAGUGGAGGAGGAUGGAGCGUGAUCGGGAGAGGGAUGACGUGAUGAGCACCAUAAGAACAUCAAUGCCCGGGGCAGUGUUUUUUGGUGACUAUGUGAUUGAAGGAGGUCAAUACGAGUUGGAUUCAGACGAAGAGGAGGGCUUCGACAUAAAUGCCAUGGAGCGGAACGAGGGCAUUGAAGUUGGUGUUAAUCGGAAUUUGAUGUCUAUGUUUCUCUUUCUGCAGGCCUUUGGUUCUGCAGGCAAUGUCGGAUCGAAUAGGCGACAAGAGAGGGCCGCCAACCCCACCACUGUAAUCGACAGAGGAUCCGUGAGAUUGCAUCGUGACAACACGAUGAAUGGUUUCGAGUAUUCUGAUGAAGAUAGUGAAAACGACGAUGUGAUUGGGAACGAAAACGACAGGAACGGUGGUACGUCUCUGAUGGGGCGUCUGCGUCGCCAAGGUAGAGUCAUUUUGGGGCGGUCGGGACAGAGGAGAAGGGAUAGAGAGAUGAAUCAAGGUAUGAGAUAUCUGUAAAACCUUUUGACAUUUGCAAUGCACAUUUUCUAUUUUGCGAUGAUCCAUUGAAUUCACGAGUUGUAAGAUACUAUUAUAGGAUAGCUCAGGAAUAUGGAUGAAGAAACUUGCCAUCGUGUAAUUUACUUUGUAAUUCAUGAUUUAUUUGUUUUGUCA